AUGAGCUUGUCAGAAAAUUAUUACUUCCGCAAAGGGCCUCUGGGCCUUGGGCAGUGCAGGAGUACUAUAAAAGGCAGCCCAACUCUCUGCUCUCUCAUCCACUUCUCUCGCCUCCUUCUCCUUGGCAAUCAGCUGCACCUCUGGCCCACAGGCAUGUCCUGCUCCAACCAGUGCCAGCCCUGCCAGCCCUGCGGCCCGACCCCGCUGGCCAACAGCUGCAAUGAGGCCUGUGUCAGGCAGUGCCAGGACUCCACCGUCGUCAUCGAGCCCUCUCCCGUGGUGGUGAUUCUUCCCGGCCCCAUCCUCAGCUCCUUCCCACAGAACACCGUUGUGGGCUCCUCCACCUCCGCUGCCGUUGGCAGCAUCCUCAGCAGUAACGGAGUCCCCAUCACCUCUGGGUGCUGUGACCUCUCCUGUAUCACCAGCCGCUACUGCGGCAGCAGAAGGUGCCCUCCUUGCUAA